CAAUUUGUUAAGUCCAGUCACGCUAACAAGGACUCGAGAGGUGGGCUUUGGUAACAAAUAAGCUGCAGUGUGACUGACCAUUUGAGUCUGGUUACAAUAGCGACGAUGCUAUGGGCGAGGGAAAACGCAAACGUAUUGCAAAAAGACGUAGAGCUGUAUUUCGGGGUACCCAGAAGUCCUGUUCGGACUCUGAGGUAGCCCAAUCAAAGUUCAAAGACCGUAAGUCUAAGAGGGAUUUACUACCAUGGCCAAAGGCUAUCGAAACUCUUACGGUCGACGAACUCGCCCUUCAUCGCCGAAGACGAGUUCAAGAUAUCCUGAAAGAUACUUUGGAUCCAUAUUACCAUGGAGAAAGUGACAGUGCUGUUGAAAAUCUUAUUACCGAGUAUAGAAGAGCUUUCAGAGCAUUUAGUGAAGAUUCAUUACUUCUUCGGGAUAAUUACUUAAGAAAUUUCGAACGAAAUUUACAAACUAAAACUUCAGCAGAGCUGAGUACUAGUACUGAAGUGAAUAAGCCAGAUGAUAAGUCGAUGGAGUCCAAUACUGGACUCUUGAGUAUUACUGGUCAUGCCUCCAGACCACAGCCAAUCAGACGAGGUACCAGUUUAAGACGUGGUGGUGAAUUUUAUUCAGACACAGAGUCUUCUACCAACUACAAAACAUACGAAGGUAUUCAUCGUGCAGAACUAGCUCGUCGACCAACGUCUUUGAAAAUGGAGGGAGACAUGCAAACUGUCACCGAGCAGUGUGAGAAGUUUACUGGGUGGAUGAACGUCGGUAGACCAGAGUUGGCACGAAUUCCUACACACUUGAAAAUGGAGGGUCGACUGGAAACCUCUACAGAAAGUCACGACCAAUAUGUGCCAUUUAUUGGAGCUAGAAGACCGGAAAUACUUCGUCAGAAUGCUCAUCUAAAACUUGAAGGAGAAUCGAACUUUAUUCCGGAGUAUACUGAUGUAUUCAGACCACAUGUUAGACAUGAGAAAAGAUAUCCAAUGUUUCCAGAAUCUCAUUUAAAAACUGGCGGAGAUUUCAGUGGACAUACUGAAAAUUUUCAAAACUUUGUCGAUCCUAGAGGCGCAGUUCCUAUUGAUGACAGACAUAAGGAUUCUGAUACUGAAGAUACAGAAAAUCAAAUCAAACAUCAGAAUGAUAAUCAAAGAACAGAAGAAGACAUGAAGAUGAUUGUGUCAAAGUUAGAACACCUUAAAGGACCACCUCUCGAAGUACCUGAAUACAAAGAUGCUUACAAAGAUUUUCCAAGAGAAAGGCCAAAACUCUUGAAACCUGAGGACGAAAUUGGUCGUGCAGAUGGUUCGAAAGUUCAUUUGUCAUCAAGUUCAGGAAAGUUUUCAACAAAAAUAGACCAAGAUCCGGAAUAUAAGUCCAAGUAUCUUGAUAGAGAUCGUCCAGUGUACAGGAAACCUCCAAUGUCACGAAGGCCUUCUGGAGGUUCAAAUUUUGGUAAACGUUUAGUUCCUGAUAUGAGACAUUAUGUGCCUACAAGUGAAGUUAGAUCUCAAUACGUACCAUAUGGACAUGUACCACGAGUAGAAACAUUCAGAAGACCAAUUAGUUUACGUCCUGAAGGAAGUAUGAAUCUCCAACCAGAGUAUCGAGAUGCUUAUUGUAGGAAAAAAGAUCAUCCGGUGGUUGAAUCAAGGUAUAGGAAUCGUGAUCGUAGUUAUAGUGGCUCCAGAAGAAGAAGUAGUAACUGGAUGAAUUAUAAUAAUGAUAAUAAUAAUAAUAACCUUAAUGAUCAUACUAUUGAUCAAACUGAAAUGAUUGAUUCCGGACAAAAUGCAUUUCAAAUACUCCAUUCGAAAGCUGAGCAUGAUAAUUUAGCUGGAAAACCACCAGCAGGAAGUAGAAGGAGUUCUAUUCUAUCUCAAGCUGUUCGACCCACACAUCUAGACAUUAUGAGCCCAUCAGCAGUAAAGAAUCGAUCUCCAAGCCCAACUUACCGAUUACAUGUUUGUAACGUAGAUGAUGAAACUCGAGGUUUUAAUCGUCGUCGACAAUUAGCAUCCAUGCAUCAAUCAAGUCCUAUGGCUGAUGCGACUGCUGAUGAAGACAAUAUAAGACCAUAUUCUCCUAGCUUUGGAAAACAGCCAAAACCAAAUAACAAUGGAAACCGUGCUUUUGUUGUCUUAGAUGAUUCAAUGAAUAAUCAAGCUACGUCAGAGACACGUCGAACACGUUUUAAUAAUAAUUCUAACAAUGAAAUGUCGAGAGAUCCAAAAAUAAGAUACAGAAAUAAAACUCCACCUAAUUGGAUGCCUCCCUGGUAUGAUAACACGAGUACAAUUUAAUUUUAAUAAAAUGAAGUGUUUUAGAUGAACGAUUAAUUUGAUGUUUAUUCAAAAAAUUCACUGCC